AUGACGUCUCCGCUUCCGCUGUUACGUUCGUUUUCGACCGAGAACCAGAAUCGCGACUGGAGCAAGCGUUUCUCGCUGCGCCUCAAGCAGAAGAGCGCCAACGAUGGCAAACUGGACUUUGCGUCGCUGCGCAAGAACAAAUUCGCACGCCGCUGUUCGUCCUUGCGCCAGCAGCCCACCGAGCAGACUACGUCCAGCGUCACGCUGGAGCUGGAGUCCGCUUCGCCGGCACAUUCCAUGACCAUACACGAGAACAGCUCACCGAAGAAACCCAAGUGGGAAGUCAUCGAGCACUUCAAGUCGAACGUUCGGGGGCAGGAGUCGAUCAGCAGCAGUCUCAUAGCGGCCGGAGUGACAGCGUUCAACCUGGACGAUACCAAUUCCAACUACUCCGGCACGCCCUCAAUUCGGAAGAAGAGCUUCCAGAUAUACACAGGCGCAGCCCAGGAAGAGCUCGAGCCACUGAACAACCUAAACGCCAACAACGCCACCGAGGGCGUGUUCGAUACAUCCCGCUGCUGGAACACGGUCAAAUGUUUGUUCAACGGUGUCAUCUGUUCGCACAAGUUUAAAAAUGUCCAGGUGGAAAUGCUAUACCAGCGAUACUUUCUUCGCAUGAAUCAAAGCAAUGCGGUUCACAUCGUGUGGCUUCUGUUAGGAUUAAUAUUUAUCUUAGCGCUAAUACAUCUCGUGUUUACGUUCAUCCUGCAGCAGUCGCUGGAAAGCUGCUACGAAUCGCCCCUGGACGUAGCGCACGUCGGCCAACAAGAACCCACCAACAGCACCAUGCUGGCUGCCAUCGCAUUUGGGAACGGCGGCGCAGCAUACGAAGAUCCGCUCGGCGGCAACAGGUCCGAAGAAGUGCCGCCUGAUCGAACCGAAGGACACGGUGCAACGAAACAACGCGAGCAACGAGAAGGCAACGAAAGCAACGAAAGCUACGGAGCCACUGUGGCCGGUUACCAAGGCAACGAACAGGACGACCCGGGAGGUGUUCGAGCGAACCCGGGCGAAGUAGACUCCCUGGAAUCGGUGGAUACGCGGCAGGCUUCCGGUCAAACAGAUACACCCACCCAGGAAGCGCAACACCGUGUCGGGAAAAAUCGAAACAGAAGGUGGACGCGGGGCCACGCAAAUCCUAGAAACCACGUCGACAGUGGCCACUUCGCAGACAGUGAAGGUGUUGACAACGUGGCGCGUGAUAGCGACAGCAAAUCAAGGGACAAGGAUCUACCCAGGAAGACGGCACCCACCGAGAGCCCAUCGACCGCCCAUCCCAACACCGAAAGUUCACCACCGUCGAUUAUCACUACCGUCGGCAACGUUAGCAGCGACUACUCGGAGGAUGGCGAGAUUCCGCUGUGUAACCGAGACUACUUUACGCUGCUGAAGGACAACAUGACCCAGAUCAUCGUGCUCGGAGUGUGCGCCACCGUGUACGCUUUGCUGCUGAUGUGCCUGUACAAGCAGCGCAUCAACGAGAUCUACCUGUUCCAGGUGUCGUACGUCAUCAUGGUGACGCUGCUCGUGCUGGACGUCUGUUUCAGCUUCACCACGUCGGCAAAAAAAUUCACCUCGUCUGGAGGCUGCACAGUAAUUGCCAUCUACAUCAUCUACACGAUGCUGCCAAUCCGACUGCGUGAAGCCGUCGUCGGAGGCAGCCUACUGUCCAUCUCACACAUCGUGCUGAUGUUCUACCUGAACGAGUCUGACGACAUGGACGUGCUGUACUGCGAUCUGAUCACGUUGGGUUGCACGAACGCAACCGGCAUCUUGCUGCACUGGCCGAAGGAGAAAUCCCAACGAAAAGCAUUCAUGGAAACGCGUCAAUGCGUCGAAGCGCGUCUAAAAAUCCAGCGCGAGAACCAAAAGCAAGAGCAACUGCUGCUAUCGGUUCUACCACGACACGUCGCGAUGGAGAUGAAGAACGACAUCGCAGGACAGCCACGUGAGGCACAGUUCCACAAGAUCUACAUCCAACGGCACGAAAACGUCAGCAUCCUUUUCGCGGACAUCUGCGGUUUCACGAGUCUAAGCGAUCAGUGUACGGCUGAAGAGUUGGUGCGGUUGUUGAACGAGUUGUUCGCUCGGUUUGACCGACUUGCGCAAGAACAUCACUGUCUGCGUAUCAAGCUGCUCGGUGAUUGCUACUACUGCGUAUCCGGGUUACCUGAGGCACGACCAGACCAUGCAAUGUGUGCCGUCGAGAUGGGGCUCGACAUGAUCGACGCGAUCGCACUCGUGCGUGAAGUGAUGGCAGUGAACGUGAACAUGCGCGUCGGUAUCCACACCGGACGUGUGCAUUGUGGCGUGCUUGGGUUGCGCAAAUGGCAGUUCGACGUGUGGUCGAAUGAUGUUACGCUGGCAAAUUACAUGGAGAGUGGUGGCGUGCCGGGUCGAGUACACAUCACCCGUGAAACGUUGCGAUGCCUCGGUGAUCACUACGACGUGGAAGAGGGCCGUGGUGCCGACCGGAACAGUUACCUGAAGGAUCACCAGAUUCAGACGUAUCUGAUCGUACCAAAGGACGCCUCGUACCGACCGCACACGAUGUCGAAGCAAUCGUCGUCGGUGAACGGGAAUGUGUCGAAGGAACUACGCAUGAUGGGUCACUGGUCGAAGAUGGGUUUCAACGACAAAACGGAGCCAAAGAGCACCGAAGAGGAGGUGAACGAGUAUCUAAUCAAGGCGAUCGACGCACGUAGCAUCGAUCGGUUGCGGCUCGAUCACUGCAAACGGUUCCACCUAACGUUCAUCAAGGACGACAUCGAGCGCAAGUACUGCCUCGAACCGGAUCCGAUGCUGAACGUCUACUUCUACUGCAGCACCAUCAUCUUCUUCGGCAUCAUGUCGAUACAGGUGCUCGUAUUUUCGCUGGACCACUACAGCUACUGGGUGUACGGCAUCCUGACGCUAGCGCUUCUCGUGUCCUGCGUGCCGGUGUUCACCCGGGAGGAUAUGAAAGUGUACACCUUCUUUCGGACGCUGUCGCAAAAAAUCCACGGCCAUCGAGAGAUUGCCCAAGUGAUAUCGCUCUGCGUCGUCAUUACUGUGAUAAUUUUAUCUUACUACAAACUGACUUUAAUUUUUUAUCUAUCGCUAUACGACGAGUACCCGCUCGUGCGGCCUAGUAAUUGUAAGGAGUCGAAAAUUAUCAAUAUUCUGCUAUUGCUUACCUUGCUUGCCUUACUGACCUGUGCGGUGCAUCAGUUUAUCAAAAUUUUAUUCAAAAUCCUACUGCUGAUUGCCAUCCUCGUGCUGUACGUGGCAUCCGUCGUCGUCCUGGCGCUCAUCUUCGAGCGUCACUGCGAACCGUGGUUCCUGACGACGGAACGGUUCCUGAUCGACGUUGCGUUUCUGGUGGUGUUCGUAAUCGGUCAGAUUAUGCACAGCCAGCAGACGGAGAUCACGCGUCGGCUGGACUUUAUCUGGAAACUGCAAGCGACGGAAGAGAAAGAGGACAUGGAACACCUGCAGGCUUACAAUCGGAAGCUGUUGGCAAACAUCCUGCCGGUGCAUGUUGCGGACCACUUUCUCAUGAGAGAGAAGAACAUUGAAGAGAUUUAUCACGAGCAGUGCGACACGGCGUGUGUGAUGUUCGCCUCGAUUCCGAACUUUUCCGAGUUCUACAUCGAGCUGGAGGGCAACAACGAAGGUGUCGAGUGUUUGCGCCUGCUAAACGAGAUCAUCGUCGACUUUGACGAGCUGCUCGGACUCGAGCGGUUCCGUUUCGUGGAGAAGAUCAAGACAACUGGCUCCACGUAUAUGGCUGCAUCCGGGCUGACGGCGAAUAGCAGCGACAAGAACGACUUCCAGCACGUGUUCGCAAUGCUCGACUACGCGUUGGAGCUGUUCCAGAAGAUCACGGACGUCAACGAACAUUCCUUCAACAAUUUCCGCAUGCGUAUCGGAAUCAACAUCGGCCCAGUGGUGGCAGGAGUGAUCGGCACUCGAAAACCACAGUACGACAUUUGGGGUAAUGCAGUGAACGUCGCCUCACGGAUGGACUCGACCGGCCUAAUGGACCACAUCCAGGUCACGGAGGACAUCUACCAGAUCGUGAAGGAUCGCGGAUACAACCUAACUUGCCGCGGGACGGUCAACGUUAAGGGCAAAGGCACGAUGAUCACCUACCUGAUGCCAGGUUUACCCAAGGAGCAAAGCAACUAG